AUGUGUGCAGCUUUAACAGAAUUGGCACUGGGAUUGACUCCCCAGCGGCCAAUCACUCGAGAAAAGGCCACAUUGUUACCAGAAGAAAGUGCUGUGAGUACAACUCCACCUGAAGUGGACGAUGACGACCGACCUGGAAAAGUGAAAAGUACCACAUCAUAUCUCACGCUACAGGAAUGGAAAAAAGCACUCGGUUUUUAG